UGUGGCCCUCCGGUUUGAGAUUGACGGCUUUGAGAAUUGUGACUUUUCCGGACAGAUUCCACUCCCCACAUGAUCAGCACCUUCCAUAGUUCUCUGUAUAAUUGCCAUGAUCUCCAAAGACUACAGGCACGAGACUCGCAACCUGUCCAAUGUCUCACUGACCGAGCAAAGACGCCAAAAUGGCAAAUCCACCGUUUUGAAAUACGAGGUUCGGCUGAAAGAACUCUUCCAACAACAUCCAAAAGUUCCUAGUGAGCGGAGGACGGCGGAAUGUUUUGCCAUUUUCGAUGAGAUCAUACAAGGGCUAGGGCCGUAUGGGACCAUUCUUAGAACCAUAAAAGAGGAGCUCGUCGAGGCGAUAUACUCGAAUGACUUUACUUCGGCAGAGCAAUUACCGGCUUUACAGAGACUGCCUUACUUCUGUGCGAUCAACCGAGUCGUGCGAGACAGAACUGACGAUGAGUCCAAGACAAACGAAGCUGCUACAGACCUAUUGCAGAAGCUGAAAUUCAAGGAGUAUGAUUCACAGAUGUUGCAACGAAAGAACCUGGCGCUGAAGCAAGAGAUUGGCCAAGGGGAGCUCGCUCGCCGGAAGCUGCUGGACGAGAUCGACCGCCUCAACAAGGAGAUCAAGAAGCAUCAGGAUGACAAAGUUGACCUGCGGGCGUCUCACAUCAAUGCAGAGGAUAAUCUGAAGCGGCGAAUCGAGGGGCUUGAGGCGUCGUUGGGAAAUGCCAACGGGAUCAUCGAAAAGUUGACCGUUUUCAAAUCGUCGUACGACAAACCAGUGGAAGAGGACAAGCUUGAAGAGCAUAUCAAUUCCACGACGCAACAGCUCGUCAUCGACCCACUGGGAAUGGUCGAAUACGAUAUAUGGCAGGCUCGACGUCUUCAGGAACAGUUCGCGGACAUUCUCAAUUGGCAACUGGACGAUUACGAGCUUGCCUUGACGCAGCUGCGCAAAAAGCAAGAGAUUCUGGCAGGGAUCACAACCGGCGUUGAGGAGAGGGAUCAGUCUUAUAGGCUUGAGCUGAACGAGAUUGUCGCCGGGUUUCGCAAGCGAGUGGCCGAUCUUCUGGAGGAGCAGCACGUCCUUGGGAAGCAUAUACAGGGACUUCGGACCAUGCUGCAAUCAUACGGCGGGGAUAAUGAUAUGAACCUGGUGCAGCGGACAGCGGAUGAUGCAUUGCGGAAAUUUGCUUUUGCGUUGCAGUUCUCGGAAGACAAAGGAAACACAUUCACGCCAUGCAAGACUAUGCAGUAUUGCAGCAAAUGUUCGGAUCGGACGAUAGUUUGUCCGCACAAAACAUUACACAGCAAGGAUAUCAAGUUACCACCACAUGUGACCCACAUCCGUUUCACCCACCCGCAAUUCCGUCUGCGAACAACGUUUUCUCGUGAAGCGUUCGAGGCCGAUCUAUCAUCUGCGCUUUGGGAAGAGGCUGUUGUUUUGACCGAGGAUGAGUUGGAGGAGACAUCAGCCAUUUUCAAGAAGAUCUGGAAGCAGUUCUACGAGCGCUUCCCCGGCCCAAGGCCCGCAGCUACAAGAGUUAUGACAGAGCCUAAACUUCAAGGGCUGAUGCUUGACCUGUCGGAGCUGAAAUGGAACGCCGAGGAAGAGUUCGAUGAGAGCGGUGCACUGAGCGAGCAGAGGCUGGCUAAGUUCUCGGACUUCGUUUUUGAUGUGAUGAGCGAUCGGUACCAGAUCAAGGACAUUGCACGGAAAGCCAUCCACGACUUCUUGACUUCGCUGCAGAACUUGGAGACUUCAUCAUCUGCUGUCGCGAUAUUUGUUCGUCAUUUAGCCGGUGAAGAGGAUGUGAUGUGGAAGUACAUACAUAUUGCGAGAAAGUUCUUCGCCACGUUUGAGCUGAUGGACGCGCCAACAUAUAGAAGGGUGGUCCAAGUCCUUUAUCCUAGCAGGCCGAAAGAGAUAUACGAUCAGAUGGAGCUUGAGCUGGUCGCAUUCAGCAAAAACAAAUUCACAUUUGAGACAAUAUGGGAGCAUCUGCUGCAUAUGCUAAGAGCAGGAAUUGAGCCAAAUCAGAAGUUUUAUCGACUUGUGUUCAAACAAAGCGACCAUCAAAAUCAAGGCACUCUCAGCUACGACAGCUUUGACGAAGCUCUGGGGCAAGUUCUUCCCGGAGCCCCUGGGAAGCUCAAAAAGGAGCGCUACAUGUUCGCGGAGCGAGACUGCGGCAAGGACGCAGUCACACUCGACCGUCUCGCCAUGAUUGCAUCCUUCAUCUCCUUGUACGCAUGCUACCAGAACGGCUGGACCCCGCAAGCGAUCAUGUCCGAGGACCUGAUCAACUUGGCAUACCACGCCACUCCAGGUGAUGGAGAUCGUGCGAACACCGCCGACACGGGCGUCAAUGAGCCUGCGGAGACGACGGAGCAGAUGCAGGGCGAGAUUGACGAUGUGCUGAACAACACAGUCGCACAUCAGGAGGUAGAUCUGCGGGCUGUCGAAGAAGAGGCGGCACGAAUGGCCAAGCGUAUAGGUUUUAUGCAGAAACUGGACAGGGACCAAGACGAUGAUGACGAUGAUGAGGAUUUCACUCAAUUACAGAUUAUGAGAUCGACGUAUAGAUAGGGGUGGCGUCUGUGAUGUGGCAUCCUCAUUAUACAAGCACAGAGUAACCUUCGCGUCUGCGCGUUUGUUCUGAUGAAGAUCAGAUACCGCUUUGGCGAGAAUA